AUGCGUCUGUCUAGGAAGCGCAACUCCAUUUUUAUGGCAGCAAUGGAAUUAACAACUCAAGCUCCUGACUUUCGAAACAACAUGGGGCAGAUGAUGGGAUAUGAAGUUUAUGACGUCGACGGCAAAGCACUACCUGAUUUAAUUCCUCGUUUGAGCUGCGCCACGAAACGCGAAAUGGCCUCGAAUCGGGAAUCGUACGCUGCCUCGUUUUUUGGCGUGUCGCUCUCGGUACCGAAAGCAAUCGAAAAAGCAAGUCCAGCAAUCUAUGAGUGUGGUAGUAAUGACCUCGAAAUUCGGAAAAUAAACUGCUACGAGGAGUUACGGUUCAAGCGGUCUGAGGACAGAGAAUAUUAUCAACGAAGAAUGUACGGCACAGCGUUUGUACCGCAGAUACUACGUGGCUGGAUUACUUUGAUGGUCCGGAAUGCGCGUUUUGAGCGCAAAUCCACGGGUGUCCGCUUUAAUCAGGACCGUGAUCGUGAGGAGUUUGCAGUUUCAUUGAGCAAGCGGUACACACAUAACACAUCUGUACCACGUUGCGAUAUUCCUUGUAAAAACUGGCACAAACUAAUGAGGAAUGAGCCAGCUCCCGUAUUUUUGCAUUAUUACAACCGCGAAGAUGCCGAGCAAGCGUCGCAUAUUUUCCGCGAUGACCUUGGAGAUCCGUUGGAGCUUCGAUUGAGCCUUAAAGCUGGUGUGGUGAUUAGAGCAAGCUCGUUUUCAGCUGUCGGGCCAAGUAUUCCUCGUCGUUCUCCCUCUAGCGAGCGAAGUGUGCCGGAGACUUCUCCUGUAUUGUCGCAGAAUGGCAGUCCACUUGCUACUUCCGCGUGGCGACGAGAACGUCUACCCGUGUCAAAGAGUGAUAAUCGAUACACUAAGUAUGGACCGCCAUCUUCACUACCAUCGUCUCGAGGCGAGCGUCAAUACAACACAUUCGACGGCGGGGGCAAGCGGUCACGUGCAAUGGUAGAGAGUAGGUCUCGGUCUCGAUCCCGGUCAAAAUCCAAGUCGUUUCGUGAUCGGCGAAACGGUUCUAAUACUUAUGAAGGCAGAGCUGAUCAAGGAAACUUUAAAAGGCGUAGGACUUCGCCUUCGGUGCCAGACACUCGCGAAAGAACUGCAAGUGGAAAUGAAAACCCCAGCAGUGCUGUUUAUAGUGACGCAGACACGCUGGCACGAAAGCGAGCUCGAUCGUCGUCCCGCUCACCACGGCGAACUCCAAUGUUUGGUCUAGACACGAGUAAGCGCGAGUUGAAAAUGGACAAUGAGCGAAGAAGACAAGAGGAAGGAGAAAUCACGAGAAAGUCAGAGACAAAGCCAGUAAGGACAAUGAGUGAGCGCGAUAGAAGAAGUGGACUGCACCGCGCUCGGUCCCCAUCGCGGAAGUGGCAGCAGGAACCAAUUGAUACUGAAGAAAGCCAAAGGCGGGGUAAUUUCUCGAAUUCUAUAUGCGCUCGCUCACGGAGUCCUGCCGAUCGCCACCGUUUUGAUCAGCAAUGGUCUAAUCGUAACACGGACAACAAUCAAAGAUCCAGAUCGCGUUCGCGUUCGCGUUUACGGCCCGAGCCUUUGCCUAUGCAAAGUAAGCGGGGCGGUAAUUACAGCGAUCAGUAUAAUUUGCACCGAGGAUACCGGGGAUAUGAGCGUGCUGAUGCUUUUGACGACGGCACUCGUGGACACAAUAUGUACAUGAACAGAGGACGUUCGGAUUACGAUGGCCGUAGAGGAGGCUCUGAUUUACGACCACGGCAGUAA